GGGCAGGGAGAGCCCCCCGUGCCAGCUGGGGCCCCCCUCCAGGUUUUGGGGGCCUGGGAGCGUCACCAAGACCCCAGCACCGGUCGCUGCUUCUUCUACAACCCCCAGACGGGCGUGACCUCCUGGAAACCCCCCCGGCGGCACCGCGAGGCGGACCAGAGCCCGGCUGCGGAGCGCCCCAGGAGCCCGGCACCCCAGAGCUCCCCGGACAGCGGUGGCACCGUGAUCCGUGGCCAGCCCCUCUCCCAGCACGGCCAGGAGGACGGCGCAGCCACCUCGCUGCCCCCCCAAGCCCCUGCCAAGCCCCCGCCCUGCAGCCUUGAUUUACCCACCGAGGUCCAGAAGGCUGGGCAGCUCAACAGGACCAAGAUCGCGGAGGGGGGCAGGAAGCUCAGGAAGAGCUGGGGGGUCUCCUGGGUGGUGCUGGCCAGCAACAGCCUCGUCUUCUACAAGGAGCCCAAGGGCCCGGCACCCGCCACCUGGUGCCCUGCCAGCAGCCGCCCCGAGAGCAGCGUGGACUUGCGGGGGGCUGCGCUGGACUGGGCCCGCCACCUCUCCAGCAAGAAGAACGUCAUCCACCUCCGCACAGUGACCGGUAACGAGUUCCUGCUGCAGUCAGACCACGAGGCCACGAUCCAGGAGUGGGCCCGGGCCAUACGGGAGGUAAUCCACCGGCUGGACCUGGAGAACCCCAUGGAUGUGCCUGUGGGGUGGCUGCGCCAUGUACCCAGCAGGGACCUGGCGGAGCUCAGUGGGGAUGAGGAUGAGGCGCCGUGGGUCACCGAGGGCACUAGGCCCCCAGGUGCCCCCCCUGCUCCUGACACCUCAGAGAAGAAACGGGUGAAGAGCAAGCUGAGGCGCUUCAUCAUCAAACGGCCCCCGCUCCAGAGCCUGCAGGAGAAGGGGCUCAUUCGAGACCAGGUGUUCGGGUGCCGCCUGGAAGCCCUGUGCCAGCGGGAGAACUCCACCGUGCCCCGCUUCGUCCGGCUCUGCGUGGAGGCUGUUGAGGAGAGAGGCCUUGACGUUGAUGGGAUUUACCGGAUCAACGGGAACCUGUCUGUGAUCCAGAAGCUGCGGUUUGCCGUGGACCAGGAACGAGCUGUGACCUCGGAUGGGCGCUACGUCUUCCCCGAGCAGCUGUGCCAAGAGGAGCGGCUCAGCCUGGCAGACCCUGAGUGGAGCGACAUCCACGUGGUGACUGGUGCCCUCAAGCUCUUCUUCCGGGAGCUACCGGAACCCCUAAUCCCUUACGGGCUCUUCAACCCCUUCAUUGAAGCCAUCAAGCUGCCGGACCCCCAGGAGCAGGUGCAGCGGGUGGCUGAGCUGGUGCAGAGCCUGCCCCCCCCCAACUAUGCCACCCUGCGCUACCUCGUGGCUCACCUCUGCCGGGUGAUGGGGCAGGCAGACGUCAACCGCAUGACACGCCAGAACAUCGGCAUCGUGUUCGGGCCAACGCUGCUGCGUCCGGAGCGGGAGCCAGGCAGCCUGGCCGCGGGCAUGUCCCAGCAGAACCAGGCCGUGGAGCUGCUGCUGGCACACUUUGACCGCAUCUUCCCCAGCCCCCCUUGAGCCUCAUCCCCCCCGCCCCAUACUGGGCAUGGGUAUCUCAGCUGCCGUGGCCCCUUCCUGCCCUGUGUACCUUGGACUCUGCAGUAAGCAGGCGUCUUCCCUGGGACUGCCAGGGCCUCCUGCUCUGAUCAGGGUUAGGGUCCUGCAGCACCAGGAGCUACCCUCUUCCCGUUCCCUUCCCAGAGAAGACUCCUGGAGCCCCCUCUUGAUGCUCUAGGGAAUAUGGCAGCCCCAAACCUCCCUUCCUGCUGCACUCUGCCAUGCUCCCUAUGCCUCCCCAAGGUUGUUACGAUGCUGAUUUAUUUCCACCAUUCAUUAAAAAAAAACGUAUCUGUCA